AUGAUGGCAGACUGGCCCAAGGACCAGAGCAUGCACUUAGAAGCCGUCAACUCAAAGAUUCUUCAGAUUAUUGAGACACAUGCUGUCAACGACACUGUUCGCAUGCGCCUAACCAAGGCCAUGCUCUCAUCUCAGUUGGCCGGCUGGUACCCGUACGCCUCAUGCGACCGCAUCGAGGCUCUCACCUCUUUCCAGGCGUGGAUGUUCAUCAUCGACGACAUGCUCGACCAGUACUCGCUCGUGCACAAAUUUGACUUCGCGUCCCUGCACGUCAUGUUGGCGGACUGCCGCGACUUUGUUGAGCGUAGCCUCAAUGUUGCCAACACCACGGAAACCGCCCCUUUGCAAUACAAGGACCACGACGCUGUUGUCUCAUUUGACGAAUACGCACAAGCCGUCUGCAAGUCCUACAGUGACAACCGUCCGUACCGUGCGCGCAUUGCCAAGGAGGCGAUCGCGACUCUGGACGGUUACCGACAGGAGGCUCUCAACCGCUACGCGGGCCGCAUCCCCACUCUUGAAGAAUAUCUCGGCUACCGCGAAGCGUCUUCCUGCAUCAUGCAGGUUGCGGUGAACCUCGAAUUUGCUAACGGUAUCAGCCUACCCGAAGAGGUCAUGGAGUCCGAGGAGAUGCGCGAGCUUUACCGAGCGGCUGUCGCUGUUGUCUGGGUUGUCAAUGACAUCGUGAGCUUGCGCAAGGAAAUCAAGGAAGGCUUUGUGGAGAAUCUUGUCGUGCUACUGUCACAUGGCAAUGCCCAGAAGGGCAUUGAUGGGGCUGUCGCUAGACUGGAACGCGAGGUCGCGGCGGUUAACGAGGCAUCUGAAGCUGCCCUCAGGCGGUUCGCUGACACGCCGCACAAGUAUCACGUCUCCCUACUUGCCAGGAACUGCAAGAACAUGUGUAUGGCCAACUGGCUUUGGAGCAUGAGGACACCACGAUACUGCCUGUGGGACGUCAAGCCGGACGCCGAUGGUGGUUACAACUGGACUGUUGACGCUGAGCCCGAGGAGUCCUAA